AUGUGGGGAGGAAGCAAGCUAAGCUCCUCCGGGAGGCGAUUUUUAGGAGGACUUCGAGCGGGAUUCCGGAGCACACGGGCGGACUCUUCUCGCCUAACUACGUCGGCGGUUUAUCCAAAGAAUCAGCUCAGUUGGAUUCUACAAGUUAAACCAUGGGUUUUCAAUGAAAACAGAAUCAUGUGGUUCAAAUCCUAUAGCAUGACUUUUGCCUGCCUGAAUUGGAUGAAAAAUUAUAGGCUCCCUUGGACAAGACCAUAUAGUACUUCGAGGACCACUGUAGACAGUAGUGAGGUGAAGACCUUCCUGGCCCUGGCUCACAGGUGGUGGGAUGAGCAAGGAGUUUAUGCGCCUCUUCACUCUAUGAAUGACCUGAGGGUACCGUUCAUUAGAGACAAUCUUUUAAAAACAGUUGCUAAUCACCAGCCAGGAAAACCUUUGUCUGGGAUGAAGAUUCUUGAUGUUGGUUGUGGUGGUGGAUUGUUAACAGAACCUCUAGGGCGGCUUGGGGCUUCAGUCAUUGGAAUCGACCCUGUGGAUGAGAACAUUAAAACAGCACAGCACCAUAAAUCAUUCGACCCAGUCCUGGAUAAGAGGAUAGAGUACAGAACGUGUUCCCUGGAGGAGAUUGUGAAAGACACUGUGGAAACGUUUGAUGCUGUUGUAGCUUCUGAAGUUGUAGAACAUGUGAUUGAUCUAGAAACAUUUAUACAGUGCUGCUUUCAAGUGUUAAAGCCCAAUGGUUCUUUAUUCAUUACUACAAUCAACAAAACACAGCUGUCCUAUGCCUUGGGAAUUGUUUUUUCAGAGCAAAUUGCAGGUAUUGUACCAAAAGGUACUCAUACCUGGGAGAAGUUCGUUUCACCUGAAAAGCUAGAGAGCAUUCUGGAAUCAAACGGUCUGUCAGUUCAAACUGUGGUGGGAAUGCUCUACAACCCCUUCUCAGGUUACUGGCAUUGGAGUGAAAACACCAGCCUUAACUAUGCAGCUCAUGCUCUGAAAUCCAGCCUCCAGGAACACCCAGCGCCUGCCGAGUUUGCUUUAAAGGGGGAAACAGAAGAGCUCCAGGCUGAAGCCUCCACCAACUCAGGUGUGCAGGAAGAGCUGAAGAAAUGA